CAAACCCAUCGCGGCCUCAGGCUUUUUUCGGGUGCGUCAAAUCCUAUGAGCAUCCUGUAUCACAUUGAGCCUGCCCAAGCCAUGUACAUAAUUGAGGAGCUGAACCGCCCGCUUUGCCUUAUGACCUUCUAGGACGAACACUCUUAAUAUAUGGUCCGUCUUUCCUAACUUCUCGAUUUUGAUCUCGUCUUUGAAAAGCACUUAUCAUUAUCGUCAAACAUGUCGAGAAAAUCAGGCAUCACUUCAGAGCUGAUUACCUUGAACGAAGUCGAUGUCGAGCAACGGGGUCACGACAAUUCUUACCUCGAGAAUCAGAUUGUCCAAAGCCUAUCAUGGAAAGAUGUCACGGUCGUGGUCCCGGACAGAGAAACCAAGCACCCGAAAGAGAUUCUGAGUGCCAUCAACGGUGAAGUUGCUGCUGGAGAAAUGAUGGCAAUCAUGGGACCUUCGGGAUGCGGCAAGACAACCCUACUCAAUGUUCUAGCCCAACGCGAAGCUUCGGCCAAAGCCAAAGUUUCUUCGACUAUCUGCAUCAAUGGCCAGACCCCGUCGGAGUCAGCGUUCCGGAGACUCUCAUCAUACGUUGAGGCUGGUGAUGCUCUUAUCGGAUCACUCACCGUAAAAGAGACGCUCUCUUUUGCAGCAAAGUUGUCUCUGUCAGGAGUAGUGACAGCCACAGAGAGAAUUCGAAGAGUUGACGAACUUCUCCAAUCCUUUGGGUUGACGAAUCAAGCCAGCACCUUGAUCGGUACACUGAUCAGGAAAGGCAUCUCAACUGGUCAGAAGCGUCGAUUAAGCGUUGCUGCUCAACUCAUCUCAGCUCCGAAGAUCCUUUUUCUUGACGAACCGACUUCUGGACUCGAUUCUGCAGCAAGCUAUAAGGUCAUGUCGUACGUUCGAAACGUCGCCAAGAAGAACAAGCUGAUUGUUAUUGCUUCCAUUCAUCAACCGGCCACGAAGACGUUCGAGUUGUUCGACAAAUUGCUUCUCCUCUCUGGCGGCAAGACUUGCUAUUCAGGAUCAAUUUCUGGUGUCAAGCGAUACUUUGACAGCAUUGGGUUUGAGAUGCCAUUGCAGACCAAUCCAGCGGACUUCGUAUUGGAUCUCACCAAUAUCGACUUUGAGAGCGAUGGAGACGUCGCUCAGGGCAAGAUCUCCCAACUCCAGGAGGCCUGGACAUCAUCACCCGAAGCAGUCGACGAAAAGUCGAGAAUCGCGACGAAGGCCACGUCGACUUCCGAGCCCUUGAUACUGGCCAGUGAACCCAUGCACAGAAGGUACAUGACGGCAUCCUUGAUCCUCCUGCACCGCUCAUUCAUCAAGAGCUACCGGGACAUUGUGGUUUAUGGCAUCCGAUUCGCAAUGUACUUGGGUCUCGCAAUCAUGAUGGGCACAGUCUGGCUGCGUCUCCUACCCAUCCAGUCCAACAUGCAGCCACUAGUAAACUGUAUCCUCUUCGGCUCCUGCUUCAUGUCCUUCAUGGCCGUCGUCUACGUGCCCGCCUUCCUCGAGGACCGGACCGUCUACAUCAAAGACCGCGCCAACGGCCUGUACGGCAGCACCGCCUUCAUGAUCUCCAACUUCCUCAUUGGCCUCCCCUACCUCUUUAUAAUUGCUUUCGUCUCCUCGACUUUUGUUUAUUGGAUGACGAACUUCAGACCAGAUGGACAGGCGUUCUUGAUUUGGGUUAUGUGGAUGUAUCUCAAUCUUGUGGCGGCGGAAAGUCUGGUGGUUUUGAUGUCUUGUUUGUUUCCGAAUUUCGUCGGGGCGUUGGCGUUGACGGCGAUGGCGAAUGGGAUCUGGAUGAGUUGCAAUGGGUUUAUGGUACAGCUUCCGGCGCUGAAUCCGUUCUAUCGAAAUGUGUUUUCAUAUAUCGAUUACCAGGCGUAUGUUUUCAGUGGUCUGGUGGUAAACGAGUUUGGAUAUCGAGUAUACAAAUGUGGGGAGGGGCCGGAUGGUUGUUGGUGCAGUUGGGAUACCGCGUUGAAGGACCAAUGUAUGAUUGAUGGAGUUGGGGUAUUGGAGCAGUACGGGUAUCAGCUGGGUGGGACGUCGAAGAAUGUGGGAAUUACGCUUGGUAUUAUCUUCGGGAUGAGGUUGAUGGGGUGGGCUGCGAUGCAGUGGAGGAAGUAGGAAGUCCUCCAGCGAUGCUUGGCCC